GGCUAACCUUCGGCUCGUUGCAGGGGUUCGUGGCGGUGCCCACCAAAAAUCCCGACGGCACGAUGAACCUCAUGAACUGGGAGUGCGCAAUCCCGGGGAAGAAAGGGACCCCGUGGGAAGGAGGUUUAUUUAAGUUACGGAUGCUUUUUAAGGAUGAUUAUCCCUCCUCACCUCCAAAAUGCAAAUUUGAACCACCCUUAUUCCAUCCAAAUGUGUAUCCUUCGGGCACGGUCUGUCUGUCUAUCUUAGAAGAAGAUAAGGAUUGGAGGCCUGCAAUCACAAUUAAACAAAUUUUGUUAGGAAUUCAAGAACUCCUAAAUGAACCAAAUAUCCAAGACCCAGCUCAAGCAGAGGCUUACACAAUCUACUGGUUCAGUUGAACUGCAGUCUAUCCAGAAUGGUUCAGCAGAAUUUCUGAAACACAAUGUAUUUAUUUGAGAACAAAACACAUUGUCCAUUUUGAAAUGGUUAAUUUUGAAGCUUUGUUUUACUUUCUGAAGUUACGAGCUGCUCCAAGCAUGUUUUUCCAUGGAAAAGCUGCACACUAAUAAACUGUUAUGUGUUAUAAUUAGAAGAAGUUGAGGCCCAUUUUCUACCACACGAAUAAAGUUUGCCACAGGGCUCUUGUUAAAGCACAUCUUUUUUAAAAGCCUUUUGAGCAUGAGGAGAAAAAUCCAUUAAGGCCUCUGAUUCACUGAUUCAAAGUGGAGUAUUUUUGGUCUUUGGAGAUUCCUCCCCUGCAGAGCUCCUAGCAUUAUCAUCUCUUUCUCAUUCCCAAAUUACUUUAUUAUUGGAAAUAAUUUCAUUCAAUCUACUAUUGAUUUUGCAUCUAAAAUCAGUGGUGUUCAUAUUCAUACAUACUGAAAUUCUUGAGAGCUGUGUUGUAAGUAAAGUGCUUGUACUUGAGUCCUAGCGUAUAACACCUGUCUAAUUUCCAUCUCCAGUGAAAAACUGCAAGUUCGCUUAAAAUACCAAGAGUUUGAUUUUUGUAGGUUUUUGGGCUAGGGAGAAUCUGAUCUAGAACACUUUAUGGACUCUGGUCUUUGAGAGUCGUUAGCUGUUUUUUUCUCUAU